AUGUUCAAACGAUCGUUCGCCUCGAAGGAUCGCGCGGGCAAGACAACUAAACCGCAGAAGAGAUCGUUUCGCGAGGAAACCAAGCAGAAGAUGCUCGACAAGCUGGACAGUCCGGCGUCUGUGGGAGGAACCUCUCCCAGCCUCACCAGUGCCAUCAUCACUCUGGCGAUUGGACCAGACCAACGACUGUUCGCUGCCCACGAAGACGUACUGUGCCACUCGCCGUUCUUUUCGGCGGCGCUGCGGGGCCAGUUCUUCGAGACAAACAACUCUCGACGCAUCAACCUGCCAGACGAAGAACCGGAGAUCUUCUCUUGCGUCCUCGAGUACCUCUACAAGGGCGACUACUACCCUCGCCUCAUCAUCGACAAGAGGCGCCAUGCCUGGAAACUCGAGGGCGCGGUCGAGACUCCGGACCCCCAGAACCCUAACAAAACCGGUGGUCGCGGCAGCAGCCAGCCGACAAUCUUUCACGCUGGCGUGGGCGACGUCAUUCUCCGUGACACGGCCGUGUACUGUGCCGGAGAGCGGUACGGCCUCGAGGAGCUCAAGAAGCUGGCACUGCGCAAGCAGGGCCUGCAGACGGGUAUCGAGGUCAGCACCAUUCUGCGCAGUGCGCGAUACGCCUACGAGAACACGCCUGACAGUGACUCGCGGCUCCGCGCUCACUACUUGGCUCUGAUCAUCCGCAGUCGGCGCACGUUCAAGCGCAGCGGUACGAUGCAGACAGAGAUGGAAAUUGGCGGCAAAAUGUUCUUUGAUCUCUUCGUGGCCAUGUGCAACCACAUUGAUGACAUUGUGGAGAUGAGUAACGGCAAAUCUUCCAAGGCAGUCUAA